AUGGUGGGAGGACUGACGGAAGAAGAUGAUGGCGCCGGGGUUCCGACUCCCGAUCCUACCGAGGAGCACUGGGACCUAGGCAAUAUUGAUACUGGGCGUGUAUCCCAGACCAGGCGCUCGUCUACGCUCGGACCAGGCCGUGAUGAGGGGAUCACCACGUCAACCCAGAUUCGUGAACUUGGUAAGCGGCUCGCUGAUCAGCUGGUCAAACAACAUGGCUGCUGCAGUGACUGCCACGAACAAGCUAAGAGAGAUCAUGAGGAACAGCAUGUCGAGCACUGGGGUCUGCAGCACUAUCUCCGCCAAGUGCAGGUUGGGAACCCAUACCCAGACGUUUUGAGUCGAGACGAGUUGACCAAACGAGGAGACAACCUGGCUGGCCCAACAACCGCGGCCCGGAAGAGGCAGGUAUACAAUGGAAUAUCUCCCGCGCAUGCAUCGACGUCCAGUCCGCUUCAUAUCUGUCUUGCGUCCGAAGAUGAGCCGACCGGGGUACCUUCCGUGACGUUUGACAUCGAUAGCGUUGUUGGCUUCCCCACCAGCCUGGCCGUUGCCCGACAAGGCAUCCGGUGGCAUCCAACCCAGAUGGCCGUCUCCGAUGUUCAAUCCAGUCUCCAUUUGAACUCGACUCCCGUCUCCUAUUACGAUGCCGACGGACGAGCUCAUUACAUACGGCGGCCGAUUCACCAAGUGCCCCACUAUACCUUUGGCCGGCUGGCCGGCUUUGAAGAUGUGUCCCUAUGUCUGUUACUCCCUCACCUGUAUCGGAAAGAGCAGCAGUGUAGCCGCCUUCGCGAUAACGAUUUCCGGCUCUGGAUGGACGAGAUUCUGAUCCCGGCCAUCUCACGGCACUAUCCAAACUCGGUCCUUCAGCACUAUCGAUCCAGCUACGACCACAGCCGCUCUAAUGCCACUGCGCAGGGCGUGGAGUCCCGUUCCCAACGAGUGGACCCCGUCGCUCGAGAGCAGACACUGUGGUAUCUCCUUCUUCCGGAUGCCCUUCACGAAGUAUGGAAGACGAUCUUGGAAAGGAUCAGCCGACCCGGUCUGCAUGGGUUUCGCGAUAUUCGAAUCCUUCUCCACGCGAAAAAUCUCAAGAUCAUGACCAAGGACGAUUCCUGGGAGCGCAUGACGCAACGUUUUGAAAGAAACUGGACCCAUGCGGUUGUGAGGUCCUAUACAUCUGGGGAAUUCUAUUUCGACAUUGGGAAAGAGGUGUCCCUAUCCCAUGGGGGGUAA